GCAGAGUAGGGCGGGACAUUCCAUCGUCUUCCUGGGUAAGGCCAUGUUUACACUGGGAAACGAUAGUCCCAGGGCACUUAACAACGGUUGCUAACAACUCAGACUACUGUGAGCCUGCUGUGUGUCCUAUGAGAGUGUAACAAUGCCUAGAGGUAGAUCGGCCACAAGCGCCCGCUCAGACAGCAGUGAGAUGGAUAUUGAUGGUACAGAAUCAGAAAUAGCCAAACUGCAGAGACAGUUCAGGAUCAUGGAAGGAGAUCGGCAGGCCUACAACAUUCAAGCCCGGGAGCAGAUCCGCAAACAACAGCAGGAGAUAGAGAAGCUGCUGAAGGAGCAGGAGGAGCUGCAUCAAAACCUUGGUGCCUGUAAGAGCUUGUCACGCCAACAACAGGACAGUGAGGACACCCAGAGUCUUCAAGCUCUGCUGGAGCAGAGAGAUAUGCUAGAAGAAGAGCUGGGGAAAGAGAAGCAGUAUCAAAAAGAGCUAGAUAAUGAGAUUGCAAACAUAGAAAUGAAGAUGGCAGAGCUGAGAAAAGGCGAAGUCAGUUCUGGUGAUACACAAAAGUCUGAGGUACGGAAAACUCAGAAGGCCAUAUGCACUUUGGAAUACAAACUGGACAAAUCCUUGACUCGUUUCAAUGAGCAGCUGACCAAAAACAGCCACCUGAGAGAGGAGUUGCAGACUCUUCAUAUUGAGCGUGUUCGUUUCCAGCAACUACACAACAGGUUGGACAAGGAACUGCAAGAUAUGCGCAAGAAGAUCGGGGAAAUUGUCAACAUGUCCACUGCUGCUUACGAUGCCAGGGUUGAGGCUAAGUCCAAGAUGACCAUGAUGAGGGACAAGGCAGUGAAGGACCUGGCCCAGUACAACACUGAGAUGAAGGAACUGGAGAGGGUUAUAGCACAUGAGUGCAGCCUGAAAGAGUUUAUGACCAUCAAGUGCAGCGAGAGGAGCGGGCAGGAUAAUGGCCAAGAUAUGGGACAUAGACAGCUGUCAGAGCUAAAGGAGCGGAGGAGGAUGGACUCGGGGGAAGAGUCGCUGGACGCUCUAGAGGAGGUGUUCGAGAGGAUCCAGAUUGUGACAGGGGAAGACAACCUGGACAUGCUGGUCACCAGGUUCAUCCAGGUUGAAGACCGGAACUUUGCACUUUUCAACUUUGUAAAUGAGCAAAACAAUGAGGUUGAAGCGCUGACAGAUCACAUCAGCCAGAUACAAGCAGAGACUGAGCAGUUUCGAGUAGCAGGUUUGCAACAGGAGCAAGAUCAUCGCUCUCUGCUGAGAGACAUUGAUGAACAACAAAAGGAAAUUGAGUCUCAAGCUGAGGACUAUGAAAACCAGGCCAGCAUCAUGAGCAAAAUCCUGGACGAGAUAAAAUCAGGAGUGAACAGCAUCUUCUCUAAAAUGGAGUGUGACCGCUCAGUGAUAGAGGAUCUACUGGGCUCCUCUACAGGGAUCAGCGAGAACAACAUCAUGUCCUACCUGGGUCUGGUGGAACAGAAGACCAACGAGCUGCUCACCGUUCAAGCUUUCCUCAAUUCUAAAGAUCUGGAAAAGGACUACAAUCCAAAAGAUCUGGCCAAAUUUCUUUUGGGUCAAAAUCCAGAACUGCUUCAGCAGACUAUUAGCAUCCAACCUGAAUUCAACAGUGGGGAGAAUGAUGCAGACGAGUCUCCUCUCACUGAUGAGGAAGAACGACCCCUUUCACAGUGGGAACUUCGCAAAAGAAUUACACAAGGGGUUCUGAAGAGAGAGAGACUUCAGUCCGGCAGUCAGCAACCAAAGCCUCAAAGAUCAGUCAGCAGUUUGAUAGCAGACGACGCUCCCUGGAAGACACACUAAUCUGACACAUUGACAUGAUCGGUGUAAACAAUGAGCACAGGUUUAAAAUGAGAUCCUUAUCAUCCACAGUUGAAGGGCUAGCCUUAAUCGUUUACCGUAGUAUAGUCUUGCAUUGCUAGAUCUAUCUCCUCAGCGCAGUAUGGCCUGGCUACACUGCCUAUCUAUUCUGGGUUAGUAGGAAAAACGCUUUGGCUUAUUUUUUUUAUUUCUUUAAACCAAUUACAACCGUCUUGGGCAGCACUACGCCCCGAUAGUGGAUAUAGCAAAACGGGAGAGACAUCAGGCUUCACCUCAGCAACAAACAUCCGUUGAGCCAGACUAAAGGCAGUAACUUUGUUUUGUAAGUUGAUGAUAUUUUUGGGACAUUCAAGACAUCCUUUAUCAUGUGGAUAAGUAUAUUGAGUCAAUUUAUUUAUUUAUUUAUUUUUUAAUAAAGGUUUUCCUUUAUUUAACAGCAACUUAAAAAACACAGUCUAAAAGUCAAGAUUGAGCUCCAGAUUUUACAUGUAGAUACAUUUCAAUACUAAAACACAUAGUUGCCAGAUUUCCAGUGUCCUACCUAUAAUUGAUUUGUCUGGACAACUAAAAUACUUUGAAGUCAUUUUUCUCAGUUCCACACUCUAGCGAGUUAAGUUCUUUUACCCUUGUUGUGCAGUAUAGAUCAAUAUAGCUUGCACAUACAAACAUUUAAAGUUUAAUUAUGUUAUGCCUAUGUCACCUUUUAUGAUGAAUUAUUGACAAGGCCUUUUUGGAAGCCUGUAUCUUGCUAUGAUUUGUUUAGUAGGAACUAAUUAGGUUUGGAGCUAUAAAGAUUCCCUGGUAACCAGCUGUCCUUUUGAUGUGUGACUUGCCAUCUGGCUUUGACUACACAAGCUGGUCGCAGUACAACCCUCCCUCACUGGCAGCGUUUCCUUACAUGGUACUUGCUGCUAUGCUCAAACGAAAAGGUUGGGGGCAGCAGAACCUUUUGUUAUUCCAAUUGGCAUGCUGAGACCUUGAGUCUGUGUUUCUGAAAAGGAGGUGAGGAGUUCUUAGCGCUUCACUGAAAACACUGAUUUUUUUUUGGUGGACUAAUAAUGAUUUUUCUCAGAUGUAUUUUGGCAGAUCACACUCAUUCAUUCAGAUUUCUGUGAUAAAAUCUGUGUUUUUAUUUAAAUAAACAGUGACCUUACCAUUAACUUAGUUCUCUGCUUAUAUACACCACAAUGAUUACCCUAAUAAUGGCAGUUACCUAUUUGUAGUGUAGUCAUAUUAUUUUCAUGUGUACCAGUAAUAAGAGCAUCUGUAUCUUGUCAGUGUGGCUUGAAACGUGCAGGGAUAAAAAAA